UUCAAGUUCUUCCUUUUCGACGUUCCGAGCGAAAGAGACAAGAUGGGCCAUCAGCAGCUCUACUGGAGUCACCCAAGAAAAUUCGGUCAGGGAUCUCGAUCCUGCCGUGUGUGCUCGAACAGACAUGGUUUGAUUCGCAAAUACGGACUCAACAUGUGCCGUCAGUGCUUCAGACAGUACGCUAAAGACAUCGGCUUUGUAAAGCUGGACUAAAUGUGGAUUGCUGAACCUGAGGCAUGUGGAAACAUCAUCCUCCCAGUCAAUCACCAUGAAGUUGCUUUAGGAUUCAAAAUAAACACUUUUUUUGGUUCAAA